ACUUGGUGGCUGAAAUCAGGAUAUGGGGACAUUGUUUUUGUUCCACACAGUGAUGAUUCCUUACCCUCCUCGUCUUUCACUCUCCUCCAUGCCAAAACCCAUUGCGCUUCCUCCUCUUUCUUGUUUGAGGAAUAAUGGAGAUGUCAAUGGCUUACAUGAACAAAGGUUAGAGGGUAACACAAAUGUGGACAUGUCCCAGUCAACUUCUGAUGAUGACCAGAAUUUGAAACAUGGUGAUAUUUGGCAAUUGUUCAGAGAAGCUCAGCAGAACAUACUAUACUUAAACAAACAGCGCCUAGUGGCUAUUGAGGAACUUAACAGAACAAACACAGAAAAACAGUCUUUACUCAGUAAGAUAAAGAAAUUGGAAGCAGAAAAGCUGGCCGGAGCUGCUAAAGAUACACUAUCAAUUUGUUCAGAAUUGCUGCUUCGGAUUGACUCAAUGGUCCUUAGCAGCAUGAUUAGCCCUGGAGAGGCAUCUGAAUUAAGAAGUUUGGUGAUAAACCACAAAGUGAGCGUGGCUGAUGUUUUUAAUGUCAUAUCAAACAAAAGAGAUUCUGAACUUCUGGGACAACUUCGUCACUUUUCAGAUGGAAGCAAAAAGAAUGGUUUUCAUAUUGUUCACAUUUGCACAGAAAUGACACCGUUGAUCCGUAGAGGAUCUAUAGCACCAUAUGUGACUGGCAUAUCUCGUGCACUUCAAAGAAAGGGCCAUCUGGUGGAGGUUAUAUUGCCAAAGUAUGCAUGUUUGAACCUGGAUGAAGUGCAAGGGUUGCGUCAAGUUAAUACAGAGGCUUACUCAUAUUUUAAUGGUCAAUUACAUAGAAACAAUAUUUGGACUGGUGUUGUUUAUGGCAUUGGAGUCACUUUGAUCGAGCCAUUGGACUACCCAUCCUUUUUCAGCCGUGAGAUGAUAUAUGGCUACCCAGAUGAUUUUGAAAGGUUCUCCUAUUUUUGUCGUGCCUCACUGGAUUAUAUAGUAAAAUGUGGGAAGCAACCUGAUGUAUUGCAUCUGCAUAACUGGGAGACUGCCAUUGUUGGGCCCCUUUUCUGGGAUAUAUUUGCUAAUCAGGGACUUGAGAGAACCAGAAUAUUACUGACAUGCCAUGGCUUCGCUUCACAGGGUAUUGAGCAACCAGAUAAGUUGGCCUUAUGUGGACUGGAUCCUUUAAGACUUCAUCGCCCUGAUCGAUUGCAAGACAACACUAACACACAACUUGUCAAUAUUUUAAAGGGUGGAGUUGUCUAUUCGAAUGGAGUUGUAAUAAUGUCCUCCAUCCAUCCAAAGAACAUAAUUGUUCAUAAUUUGAGUCAUGGACUGGAACCUACUUUAAAUGUUCAUAGGGACAAGUUGGUCAUUGCUCCUUAUGGAUUAGACAAAUCCACAUGGGAUCCUUCAACAGACUAUUUUCUUCCAAAAAAUUUCAAUGCUGAAAAUAUGAAUGGAAAAACUGUUUGCAAAGUAGCAUUGGUGCAACGGCUGGGGUUAUCUGAACAUGCUUCUAUUAUUCUUGUUGGAUGCAUUUUUUCAGAAGGAACUGACCUUGAUGAGAAAAAGAUGAAGGAUGUUAUCUUGAAUGCUAAGCAGCACAACGUUCAGUUUAUAUUUGUGGCGUCCAGUGAAAGUUCAAUCUCGAAUCAGGCAGUAGAAUCACUUCAAAAGGAACUCAAGGAUGAUAAUCUUAAAUUUAUGCUUGCAUAUGAUGAAGCUCUGUUGAAUUUAGUCUUUGCAGGAUCUGACAUUAUCUUGUGCCAAUCUUUUCUUGAUCCUACUGAUGAAAUCCCACUCAAAGCUUUAAGAUAUGGAGCAGCUCCAAUAGCAGUUGGCACAGAUGCUAGCACAAACAGGGCAAUACCUUUUGAUAGGAACUUCAUAAACCAAGACCACGAGGCCACUAAGUACUCACAGUUAAUCAAAUCUACCUUCGGAAACAUGUCUCUUAGCCUUGCCAUUGAUGAAAUUAGGAGUAACCCAUCCAAAUGGAAACAAAGAAUAACGGAAGCAAUGGCGUAUGACUUGUCAUGGGAUGGUGAAUGCUAUGAAGUUCAUGUUGAAGCUUACUCAGCUAUAAAGAAUUUGUGAUGUGGAUCUCAUAUACAUGUAUGUAUAUAUGUAGUGAUUUUUUUUGUUUAUUAUUUUGAGAUAGGGCUCAAAAUUAUUAUUUGAAAGACAUUAGCUCCUCAAAUUUGGUGCAUUGUAAAACUAGUACCAUAAUCAUACUCGGUGAGACAACGA